AACAUUGAGUUUGUGUGAGGCUUCCUGCACGUGUUGAAUAAUAACGUGGCUGCAGUAUGAUAGUACAUAGGAUGGCCGCGGGUGACAGUAUCGGCUGGACACUAGUACUCCGACAAUGGACAGAUUUUUAAUUAAAAACUCAAGUACUAGAAAACGUCCACUUCUUGCAGAAUGUACAGAUACUGUAACAUUACCGGAGAAAGCUAAAUUAAGGAAGAAUGAAGAUGACCGUUUGCUGGCGGAGCAUUUAACAUGGAAGGAAAUUCGAGCUGAGGGUCUGAGCUGUGAUUAUACAUUGCUAUACACCAAGACUGAAGCAGAUGUGAUCUUCCAACAACUAGAAAGGGAAAUCACAUAUUUUCCAGAGGAUUUGAGUAGAGUCCAGGUAUAUGGAAAAUGGCACAAUGUUCCUCGAAAGCAGGUAACUUAUGGAGAUGAUGGAUUAAGCUAUAAGUUUUCGGGUAUCACCUUGUCCCCUAAACCGUGGAUUCCUCUACUUAAUUCAAUCAGAGACAGAGUGGAGCUUGCUACUGGACACACCUUUAACUUUGUUCUCAUUAACAGGUACAAGGAUGGAAAUGACCACAUUGGUGAACACAGAGAUGAUGAAAAAGAUCUUGUCCCACACAGUCCUAUCGCUUCAGUAUCUUUUGGAGCCUGUAGAGAUUUCAUUUUUCGGCAUAGGGAUACCCGCUGCAAGAAUCCAACACGUCAGAUUGAGUCUCAGAAAUUGGAACUGGCUAACGGCAGCUUACUUAUGAUGAACUUUCCCACAAAUGUCUAUUGGUAUCAUAGCCUUCCAGUGAGAAAGAAAGUGCUAGCCCCCAGAGUCAACUUAACCUUCCGAAAGAUUAUCCCAAAUUGUGAAAGAAAAAAUACUCCUUGAAACAUUAUCCACAACUAUAAUGAUGUUUGAUAAAGUAAAUGUUGAGUGACAGUUUGGAACCCCAAAAAAUUAGACUUGUGAAUUGUAGCAAACCUUAAAAUGUAUGUUUUUCUAUGUGUAUUCAAUUAAAACCAAUAAACAUAUGUAGUUUAUAUUUUUAUUUUAUUAAAAAUAGAUUCAGAUGUUUCUGUGCUGUCCAGAAUUGAGAGAACUUAAAUAUGUAAAUGCUUAACCUGCUCCAAACCCCUACAUUGCAGAGUUGAUUUAAUUAACAAAACAAGCAUUUAUUUGAAAGUAUGGAUGCCUUGUUAGCACAUAUAUUUAAGAAAAAUAAAAUGUAAUCUAAAAGGUGCAACAAAAAUUAAUACCUGGAGGUGGGUCCUGACUGCCUACUAAGUCACAUGUAGAAGCUGCUCCUCAGAAAACAGACUUUAAAGCAUAUACAUUGAUUCCUUGCUAUUUUCAUCACAAUACUUGCUAUACUCACCUGAGGAAGCCCCUGCAGACCUUCUGAUCUAAAUAUUUAUCGGUAAUGCCAAGUGCUCCCAACAGUUGUGCAAUUUGAGGCCUGCGAGCAUAUUUGAGGUGGAGGAGAUGGCGGCUCCCCUGCCUCCUAUGCCCUCGAGACUGGUAGUUAUCCCGGGCCCCACUGGAAUGAAUACUUUGCUCCCACAAAGAGACUCUUGCUGUCCAACUCUUCUAGUCGCACAAGAGCUUACCUUUAAGAUGGCAACCACCAUGUGGCUUUCUGCAAAGCCUUUGCCUGUGGUGCCAUCCUCUCCUGUAGUUCUGCUAAUACAGGCUUUUGACCAGCUUUGCCUGCAAUUUUGGGUUAAACUGUGCUUGCACACCGAUAGUGUCUUACCUGAGCUCCAAGAAGCGAAUGGCAAGCCGACAACUAAGAAACAACCAAACACAUUCCAAGUCUGUUACCCCAAACCUGGGCAGAGAGGCUAUGAGGAACUUUUGUAUAGCUCACAACCUC